AGUCAACCAUUAAAACUUAAAAAACGUGAUUAAAUUUAUUAUAAAUUUUUAUUAUAAACUAUUGUUCAUUAGUUAGUUAUGAGUGUUAAGUAAUUUUUGCUUAUUAUAUUAGAAAUAGUGAUUUUAUUUGAUAAUUAAUAAAUUAAUAGAUUAAUUAUUAUCAACGACAACAUAAAAAAUUAAUUUAAUUAAAUUAUAAUUAUAUUUAUAGUUAAUAGUGAUAACUGAUUGAUAGAUAGAUAGAUAUAGAUUAGAUAGUAUAGGAUUAUAGAGUAGAAACAAUGGCCUCUAGGAUAACACCCGAUGAUUAUUUUGAUCUCAAAAAUCUUAAUAAUAUAAUCCAUGAAAUUGACAAAUCGGACAAAUAUUUUCCUAAAAAUAAUAAUAAUAAUAAUAACUAUAAUGAGGACGAUGUGGACAACACCGAUGAUGAGACAGACAACAACAAUACCGAUAAAAAUCGGGAUGAAGUAGUGGACAACAAUAACCGCAAACUGAGGCCAAUAGGGGUGAAUAAUACCGGAGAAGCAGCCAAUGAAAAGCCGAUUGCACCGAAAAUUGAUGGUAAAAAUGAAGUCAACAACAAAAGUCCCGUAAAGACUGUACCCGAAGAUGCAGUCAAAGAGUUAUCCGAUUUGUUUAACUAUUACGACAAGAAUUUCUUUGACAAUCAAUUUGCCAAAAAUAAAACGACUGUCCGCUGGUCGACCCGUAUGACCAAAAAUAUGACACGUAUUGUCAAAAUUGCGCCGAAAGACCCGAAAAGUAAAGUGCAGACAUUGGAGAUACGUUUGUCCGACCGAUUGUUGGCCAACAAAGACGACAAACGGGAGAAUCUAUUGGAGGAGACAUUGUUGGUUCAGAUGAUUAAAAUUAGCGGAAAAUUUGUUACCGAAAAAACUAAAAAGAAAUUGAAUAUAAAUGCUAACAAAACGCCAACUGAUAAGACAGUUGACUUGACUCCGGGAAACACACCAAUCAAAGUGAUUACCAUCGAAGAUAAGGCCAAUUAUGAUGACGAAUACUACGACAGCGAGGAUGAGUUGGACAGUAUUGAUGGCCAACAAUCGACGGCGGCGGCGGCGGCCGCACAUCCCGUACCCGACAUACAGGCUAUGUUUCGCCGAUACGAUGAAAAAUAUUUCGAUGGCGUACUGUUUGAACACGAAGUUGAAGUGUUUUGGAUCAACAAUAUGUAUAUAGCGGCCGGUAUUACUUAUCCCGAAAAUCGUCCUAAAUGUCGACCGAUUCAGAUAAAGCUUUCGCGACCACUGUUGAGAUUUGCCGGCGAAAAGCAGAUACGGGAGACACUCCUACACGAGAUGAUACACGCCUAUCAGUUUGCACUAAACAUUAGCGAUGCUCAUGGACCCGAGUUUAUCAAAAAGAUGCAUCAAUUGAAUCGUAUGGAAGGCCUAUCUAUAAGUGUCUAUCACAAUAUGGUGUAUGACCAGGAUGGUUUUUAUAGGGCAUGGAUCAAAAAUCGUAGGGCACGGGAAAAGUUUGCCGCAAAACAACAACAAUAAUAACAACAAUACUAAUGGAUAUAAAUAACUAAAUAACUAAUAAUCUCUAAUAUACUAAUCAUUUAUUACUAAAUUUUUAUUAUCCAUUGACUAUUUAUUAUC